AUGGUUAGGCAAUGGAAGACCCUUCCAAUCCUGUUUGGCAUUACGCUUGGAUUUUUUGUGGCCUACAAAGUGACGCGUGUAUCAGAAAACAAAACAAGUUUCACCGAUUCAUAUAGAUAUCCUGUUAGAUAUUGUGAAACUAACCAAUCCUACGUGGAUUUUGGCAGCGAAAAUAUACUUACAUCCUAUCAAAAAGUGAAUGUUGAAAAGUGUAUGGAGACGUAUCAAGCGGAACAUGGAAGAGCUAUUAUGGAGGAGAGAAAGAAUAGGUCAAUUCGGUACACAAGUCAUUCCUACCUUAAUCGAAACAGUGUCAUUAUCGAAGCUGGUGGACAUCUUGGUGUUGACACAGACCAAUUUAAUAAUCGAUACCAUCCCAGUUUAUAUAUUGUUUUAGAACCAGUUCCCAAAUUUUAUAAUGCGUUAUUGGAAAAAUUUAAAUCGUCUCCAAACGUAAAUAUUAAUAACUUCGGAAUUGAUGUCAAUGAUGGUGUGUAUUAUAUCAAAGAGUCAAGAAAUGAUGCAGUUUCAAUAUUCGAAGCCGGUAAUCAGAAGGGUGAGAGAAUAGAGAUUAGAAAUGUUAAACAGUUCUUCGAGAAACUAUCAGUGCGGAGCGGUGAAGUGGACUUAAUCACUCUAAACUGUGAGGGCUGUGAAUACGCAGUACUGGACCUUCUCCUCUCUACUGACUACAUACGUCACUUCCGGAAUAUCCAAUUCCAGCCUCAUAGGAUCUCAGGAAUAUGCUAUCCUGUCAAACGUUUCUGUUGGUACCAGGAACUUCUGAAAAAAACACACAAACUUUCAUUCCAAUUUAAAUUUGUAUGGGAGAGUUGGACGAGAAUAUAA